GGCGGGGUUAUGAGUUUGGCGGCGCGGCGGCUUGAUUUCCUGUCAGCGCGUAGUUUUAGUCCUGGUUACUAUUCUACUACGUUUUCAACUUCUCAAAAGGCAUGGUUGACAAAAUUGAACUCAGAAUAUAAUAGUCUCGUCAAAAUUGUGUCUAAUGAAUUAAUACUCAAACAGGAUUUUGUUACAGAGAAGGAAGAGUCAAGUUUGAUAAGCGAACUUGAUUCUGUACUUUGCAAACGAAAGUACCAAACAAAGCACUGGGAUUAUGCUAUUAAGAAUUUUCGUGAGUUGGAACGCAAAAGUUGGCAUUCAACGACCAACCAGCUUGUUAUCAAUCGAUUGAAAGCAUCAACUACUGUAAGCAAUGGUUUAACGGCAUCAACAACGGCUGUGGAAGCAGAUGUUGCAAAUAUUGACCAAUUAGUACUUCCAUUAAUUCACGUUUUGGAUUUAGCUGAAAAUGGGGAGAUAAUGGCGCAUGUGGAUAGCGUUAAAGUAUAUUGUGAUGCCAUUUUUACCCAUACAUUUCUAUAUGUUUGGCUUUAGCUUUCUUUCUCAUUCAGUAUUUUAAAUUAAUGUAUGGUCAGAUUGUUUUUUAAAUUGUAUUGCAUUAAUGUAUCACAUAGGUUUCUGAUAAACUCCAUCUCCUCAUUAGAUUAUCUUAGAAAUCUCAGUCGUAUCUGCCACUUCAAUCUGGUAGGCUGAGUUACAUUUCGUGAUGACCUUGUUGAGCUUAAUUAGCCAAAGUACUUGUUCUUUUGUGUGAUCCCAGACAUGCUAGUUUGAGAGGUGUAAGAACAAAAGUAGCAACAUGAGGUCCGAUAACGAAGUCAUACUGAUGACUGUACUGGAGUGUGACAUUGGUAGAAUGCUUCCGUAACAAAACCAGUAUAUGGAUCUAUGUUACUUCAUGAAGUCGGAAGGAGUUGGAAAAGAUCAAUCCUAAGGGAACCAAAUGUCACGUUGUUUCACGGACUUCCAUUAUUGGUGGUAAGGCCUCAGAAGCACGAGGCUAACAGAAAAGUAGUCACAAAACCCCAUGUGAUCAUCAUGAGACAGUUGUCCUUUGGUCCCUGUGGUCACGCUUUUAUAUCGUCAAGACCUCAACUUAUUCGGUUUAUUUUUGAGUUGUUUAAAGAAGAGGUCUUGUACAGUAUGGCCAACCAAUAAGCGGCAAACGUCAUCAUUCCUGUAAAGGCACUCAAGGUCACCAUGUUGACUGUCUCAUGCAUGUUAGGUUAGUUGUUUUUUCUUUGUAAUAACUUAACUCGGUAGAACUCAGAAUUUUCAUGUUGUUUAUUUCCAGUUCUGUGGGGAGUCAAUCGCUGUGCUAAGUUUAUUAUCUGAUUCAAUUUUACGUUUAGCUGUCGCUCCACAAAGUGAAGUAGUGGGUGUUCCGCAAGAUCAGUAUGACUAUUUAAAUUCACUAAACUUACCACCGAUUGGUUCAUGGAUAGAUAUAUUUAUACCUAGACGAUCCGUGUAUAUUAUGCGUGGUGCACUACGCUACUUAUUAACACAUGCUAUUUUGUCUAAUGAACAAGUCGAUAAAAUGCGAAAUGAACAGUCGAUUGAUUUAUAUAAUUUACACCGUGGACGACGUGUAUCGGUUAUUUGCCGUACACAUUCAGUCUGUAAUCUUAUUCCUUAUUAUGAUAAUGUUGAAGCGUCAUCGAAUGAUGUAAAUACUUAAUUUUAUGCGGUUAAAGUUAACUGUAUAUAUGCACGUACAUGUGUACUUAAUUGUACUGUAAUUGUUAUUUUGAACAAUAUAAUUAUUCUCACUAAUUUUAUAUUUUGCUUUUAGUGGAUUUUGUGUUUGAAUUAUUGUCCCAUGUAUUUAAAAAUUGUGUUAUAGCAGAUUUUUUAAGAAAGUAUUUGAAGGCAAUUCAUACCACGGAAUGACAAAUAGCUAUGUAAAACCACUGGUAAGGCCUAAUAAAUGACUAUUUGGUUUGAAUAUAUGCGACUCAGAGAUAUGCAUCCACAACUCUUUAAAAGAGAGUGGAAUUCAGGACUUUUAGAACGUUCAGCGAAUAUGUUGUAUUUUGUUACCAUUGAAUAAUUUACAAUCUCAACUUCAGUCGCUUCUCGUUAAAUUGUGUGACUGUUGUCUAGUGGUGAGCUGUAUGUUUGUAGCAAGGUGCAUCAAUUUUGAAUUUGGUCACAGAUGGGGUCAUGUUGGUCCACAUUGCUAGUUAGUUAUUUAUCAGGAUAAAGCUACUGGAUUAAUUCGUAAUUUUUGACGGUUGUUAUCAGUUCUCGAAGCCAUUGAUUUUCGUUCCCAAGCAUUCGGGAUACCCGAACUACCUGGUUUGGAUCCGCGUGAUAACCACGAUCAGCAGUUGAGAAACAUUCAGUAACAUGACUCGAGAUCAGUCACAAAGGGGCAGAUGCAUUCACUAGUUAUUCUUUUCCUAGAUCUUCAGUCCCAAUAUUUCUUUAGUGUAUGUCUUUUUGAAUCAUAUCUCCAAUGUUUAGUCUCUGCGAUUACCAUUGAUGCUACAUUAUUUCGAUUCCCUUGACAUUCAUUUUUUAAAAUUCAUCUCGUGGUAAUCUGGUGUAGUAAGUUAGGCUAACACACGUAUCAUGAUUUACUGUAACCACGACUAACUGAUCAACUUAAAUCUGGUGAUAAUCCAUGUUAUCUUCUAAUUCUACAGGUUUUUACAAAGACUUUGUUAUAAUCUCUCUCUUACGGUUAUUACCCAGCUAUUCCUAUUGCUUAGUAUUCUCGGACACCGAUUCACUCGACAAGUCCCCAAAUCAAAACACAAUUGAACAGGAAAGAGAUUAUAUUCCAAAUUACAAGGUUACAUGGAAGUAAGAAGCACAAUAGGAAAAACUUUAGUAUAUUUGUAGUUUUUACAUGAGAAGAUUUUAGAGUGUUCUCCAAGUAUCGACUAAUGCUGAUUGGAUAAGAAUUAGCCAAUCAGCGUGCAUUAAAGCAAUCAUGUAUUGAGCAUGCUUUAAUCCAGUCUAUGUCCCGCUAACACCUCCCCUUUGAGCAGAUUCAUAGGAUCUGGUGUGUCGAGGACGUUUACGCUUCUUCUUGGGCCGAGACGUACGAUUUGGUGGACAAUGACCUUCUUCAUGUCCACGUUUGUUGCACACCUGACAUUUAUGCUUCUUAAAUGGACAGAAUCGUACAUAAUGCCACUCACCACAUAACCAGCAUGCAGUCGUUGGUUUGUUGCGAGUUGUUAUCGGCUUCUGAACUUUUAACCUAGUAAUAGCAUUGACACCACUGCAGAAUAAAUCAGGAUUUGCCUAUUCAACCAACUCAUUGUCGUGUCUGAUGCUUUGUAGCCGCUUACACUCAUCUGUCAAUGUUUUGAGUGUGAUGUUUGGGUCUUGGUCCAGUCGAGUCAAAAGUCUAGUCUUGAUUUCAGCAUCUUGUGGUGACUGAAGAGCUUUGAUGAAUAUUAAACAUUUAGAUUGGUCUUCUGUCAACGAGCGUAACUUGAACCGUUCACAUUCUCUGUUGACAAUGUCUGCUAGAACACCAUAUUCAUCGGCUUCGCGUUUCACCAAAUUUAGACACUGAUAUCGAAUACUAAACAAUGAGGAUGACUCACCGAAUAUCUCUGACAAUUGAGUUGCCGUCUCCUUGAAACUGAGCUCUCGAGGUAACUUUGGCAAUAUAUGGCCAGUAUAACGUGCAUGUUCAUUGCUUCCCAACUUACGUACCAACAAUCGAGUCUUCCACGCGUCGUCUUGGUUACAGAAUUCUGUUCUAAAUGUAUCUUCCCAACGCUUGAACCACGUGAGAAAAGUAUUUCCACUUUCGGGAUCAUAGAUGAACUCUGGGAUGCUGCUAGCAACUGCAUCACAAGACUUGCUUGAAAUAACAUGUGAACUCGAGCUGUGGAUGUUGAGCUGUUGAGUCAGAGUCUCCAGCAACCGCAUUUGGGCACCAAUUUGUGCUUGCUGUUGUUGUAGUAUUCGUUUAAGCUGGUCAUCUGAUAUGGGCAUCUUGAAUUUGUUUUCCUUUUUCCCCGUCGCCAUUGUUAUAAUCUCUCUUACGGUUAUGACCCAGCUAUUCCUAUUGCUUAGUAUUCUCGGACAGCGAUUCACUCGACAAGUCCCCAAAUCAAAACACAAUUGAACAGGAAAGAGAUUAUAUUCCAAAUUACAAGGUUACAUGGAAGUAAGAAGCACAAUAGGAAAAACGUUUAUUUACUUAUUAUUUUAUUUUAGCACAUAGAUAUUGGUACAAGGAGGCACCAAAUACAUAUGCGCUACACAAAUCUCAUUCAAUAUGUGUGAGGGCUGUGAUACUGCCCAAGUCCCCAAACCGGAGCAGGUGGUUUUCUUAGGGGGCCACACCCGGAGCCUUCGACCUGAAGGUCUGAUCCACAAGGCAGUGGAGCAUCGUAAGGAGAUGCAGUCCCAUAGUAGCUGGUGAUCAACGAUUGGUUCAUACGCCAUUUGUUCCCUCAGGAUACUGGAGCUCAUGUGCACCGUUGGUUUGGAACCCGGUUAAAGCGCCAGACAUUCGCUUUUCGUCCUCUCAUUUUCGUAAACAACACCCCAGCCACGAGUAGGCAGUGAGUAGGACUUCCCUGGCAGAGGCUAUAUACGCGUGGCCAUGUGAGAGCAUUUCAAGAGGGAGAGCGAACUCUCCUCACUCUCGGCCAUACCAGGGCAUUUGGGGGCAUGAGAAAAUUCUAGAGUAUUCUCCAAGUAUCGACUAGUGCUGAUUGGAUAAGAAUUAGCCAAUCAGCGUGCACUAAAGCAAUCAUGUAUUGAGCAUGCUUUAAUCCAGUCUAUGUCCCGCUAACAGACUUCAUGUUUACAGAAAAAUAUCCAGUUCUUUCAGUUUAUUGAGAUAAGUUCUCGUAGCAAUCAUUACUGUUUCAAGUAUUUAUGUUUCGAAUGAUUUGUUUUGGAGCUGUAAGGUUAAAAGCAACAAAUUAAAUUCUGAGGGGUGUGGAUAUACAUUACUGAUUGUACUGGAGUGUGGUGAAGGUAAAAUCUCUGCCUCAGACGACCAGUAUCUGAGUUGACAUUGCCUUAUAAAGAUUGUAGGACAAGGUUUAAAAAGAUCAGUCCUCAAAUUAACACACCACGACGCUCCGCGAAUUUCCAUCGCCGGCGGUAAGUACAGGGCCAACAGAGAAUAGUACUCACAAAAAGGACAUGUGACCACCGACCUGAAGCAGUUGUUCUUGGUCUUUGUGAUCAUACGCACAUGUCGGCGAGAUUACUACCAGUCCAGUUUCUUUUCAAGUUGUCAAAGGACAAAAUAUCUUAUUAUAGUGUGGGUAUCCGGAAAGUGACGACUGCUGUCAUACGUCUGAUAGCACUGUGGAUCACUUUGAGUGGUCAAUUGUGUGUUUGUCUUUGUAUAUUGUUUUUUAUAACUGCAAUAAAAGAAAUUCAUAGAUUUUUGAAUAUUUGACCACUGAUCUUGAAUAAGGGUGAGCAUAGUUUCGUGGUGGCCUACUCAAAUGUUUGAAUCGUUAAUGUUUCAACUGUACAAAUAUUUUGGAGUCUAAGCACUCUAUAUACGACGGAUGGGAGUUUGAUAAUUGAAUACAAGUGAUAGCCACAGACUGUUAUGAACACAAAAUAUGUCCUGACUAAUUACAAUCUAAAAUUACGUCAAUGAGAUAUUUACUAUAACAUUCCACAAUUGGUUCUGAGACUUUCUCGCUGUGCCACAAUUUAUAAUAUUCAAUAAAUGUGAUUGUAUCAUUAUGUCAAUCAGUUAGUCAAACUGAAGUAUAACAUUAAGCAAAUGUAUAUGUCAACAACAGUUACUACACUAGUAGAUUAAACCUAUUUUAAUAAAUUACAAGUUUAUGUAACUGGCUUGUGAUUAUGUUAUUUGUAUUAAAGCUUUAGUGAGUUUUCGUUCAAUUUACGCAGACCAAAGUAAGUGGAACACAGGAUUCGAGCCUACAACCUCUGAUUAAAUCAUAAUUCUAUAUUUUGCUGUUUUAUAAAUAUAAUAAACCCUACUUUAUUCAUUAAGGAGGAAGAAUGUAUUUGUAAAAUCUCAGCGAAAGAAUUUGAAGUAAAUCCAACGUUUCACCUGGCAAUCUGGUCCAAGCUUUUUCAAGGAAAAUAUAAUAUAAUAUAAAGAAGCUUGGACCAGAUUGCCAGGCGAAACGUUGGAUUUACUUCAAAUUCUUUCACUGAGAUUUUACAUCUAUUUUUUUCUCUUUAAUGUCUCACAUUAGCUCGGCGCCCAAAUGCUGUGAAACUAUUCGUUCCUACUUUAUUCAGUUCACAUACUCAAAGUUUAUUUCUGAUUGAUUUAUUGUUUCAAAAUAGAAAACAUCUAUAUUUUUUCAAUGGAAAACGGAAGAAAUACCAAUCUUCGAAGUCUUGUUCGACCCGUUUCACCAUUAUCCAGAUGGCAAAAACCACCACUUCCAAUUGAUACUGCUGAUAACGAUGAUGAUGAAAUAAGAAGAGGUGGUGUUGAUCGUAAACGUUUAGAUCGUCGAAGUAGAAGUCGUUCCCCAGUGUUGUUUUCUUCUGUACAUCUUGCUUCAAGUGGACCUACUAGUGGUGUAGAGAUACAGCCAAGUGAAGAAACUAGACGUAUUAUUGUACGUCGUCCUUUACAAGAUACAAAAGAGGAAGUAGAAGAUUAUACAGAAAAACAGUCAAAGUCAAAACCUAAUGAUUAUUCACGAUCGAAUAUUGAUGAUAAUAAACGGCGUUUAAGAGAUGAACGAUCAAAGAAACUGAUGCCACGACCUAUUCUCUUCAAAAACCGUCCUGUACCAAUCACUGCUCCAUGUGGAAUUGACCGGGAGAAUACUUGUCCUAUGCUGCUUCGUUUAUUUUAUUCCACAAACGCACGUCAUUAUUCAUUGUCAGAUUAUAAUAAACGUCGUACACCGGAAAAUGAGAUACAAUUCAAUACAUGGAUUGACGCAACGCUUGCAGAAUUAGCUGAUGAAGUACGUAAUGUUGUGCCCAUAGCUAGACGUCGUGGUACACGUAUGCAUUUUGCAAUAGUCUAUCCGGAUAGUCGUGGUACUUAUGGACGUCGUCAAUUAGGUGUUGUUAUUACUGGUUAUGGAUUAAGCUCUUGUGAAUUUGAUAAUAAUUCUGCUGAUACAACAACAAAUCGUAAUAAUAAUAAUAAUAUUCAGAGACCUUCUAAUUUGAUCGACGACUCAUCAGUAACUCUGUUGUCGAAAAAAUUCCAGAUUGGUGAUUAUGUGGAUUGUGCAAUUGUUGAAUAUACUCCAGGUUCUUUAGGUGGUUGGUCAUCUGGGCGACGUCCACUUGGUCCACCACCACCAUCAACAACAACUGGAUCUGAUCCACAUGGUUCUGCACUUGAAGAAGCUCGAAUGAUAUAGUCAUUUCUGACAAAUACAAAAUAUAAUUUGUAAAAUGUCUACUUUUUUUCUGUUUGUUUAUUUUUUCUUGUAAAUAAAACAUAUGUUGAUUGUUUUACACUUGUUUAA